UCUGUCACAGACACUAUCUUGCUGAAACUCCCAGCAGCACACCUCAUUGUUUUAUCAAACGUGAUUUGCAUGGGAUGUUGCAAUUUGUCCAGCCCACUUGUGAAACUCAUCAUUACAAUAAUUGAAGCAAUUAUGGGAGGUGGGGAGAUGUCUUCAUAAAGGAUCCCUCUGUAAGAUACUUUUUCCCUGUCUGUCUUUCCUGAAAGGUAAAGUGAGGAGGAGGUUGGGCCAGGUUGUGGCUGAGUUUCCACGGACAAGCACAAGUACUGUACCUGAGAGGGAGAAGAACAUAAUACAUCUACUCUCAACAUCUCAUUUCAAGAAUGGGUCUCUCUCUGCCUAAUUUCCUCAAGUGCUGCAACAGAAAAGCUAGUAAGGACCUUGCGGAUGUAAAUGCACAAAACACGGAUGAGAACACGGAGCGUGGAAACUGGUCCAGUAAAUCUGAAUAUCUCCUGUCCAUGGUGGGCUAUGCUGUUGGUUUAGGAAAUGUGUGGAGAUUCCCUUACCUCACCUUUCAGCAUGGAGGAGGAGCCUUUCUCAUCCCAUACACCAUCAUGCUGGCGCUUGCUGGAUUACCCUUGUUCUUUCUGGAGUGCUCCCUUGGACAGUUUUCCAGCUCAGGACCAGUAGCCAUGUGGAAGGUGCUUCCUCUUUUUGAAGGAGUGGGAAUUACAAUGGUCCUGAUUUCAACACUGGUCACCAUAUAUUAUAAUGUCAUUAUCGCAUACAGCUUGUAUUAUUUAUUCGCCUCGUUUACAAGUGUAUUACCAUGGUCUGAUUGUUACGAUUGGUCUGACAGCAAGUGCAGCAAAGUACCCAAAGGGUUCUGUAACAUUACUCUGCAGCCAAAUCUCAUUGAAACAGUAAAUCUCACCUGGGUACGAGAGAAUAAUUACACGUGUUUGGAAAACUCGACUCUGUUUAUGGAAACCGAACUCCCCAGCAAACAGUAUUGGGAAAAAGUGGCUCUCCGUAGAUCAAGUGGACUUGAUGAAACGGGCAAUGUUGUUUGGUACUUGGCCCUUUGCUUACUCUUAUCCUGGAUAAUAAUUGGUGCUGCUCUGUUCAAAGGCAUCAAGUCUUCAGGAAAGGUGGUAUACUUUACUGCUAUAUUUCCAUAUGUUGUUCUGCUGAUUCUUUUGAUACGAGGAGUUACAUUGGAAGGAGCCUAUGAUGGCAUCAAUUUUUAUAUUGGUACGCAGUCGGACAUUUCAAAACUGGCAAAUGCAGAAGUCUGGAAAGACGCUGCCACACAAAUUUUCUUCUCACUGUCAACGGCAUGGGGUGGACUGGUAGCACUUUCAUCCUACAACAAAUUUCACAACAACUGCUAUGGAGACGCUAUAAUGGUGUGCAUCACUAAUUGUCUCACCAGUGUGUUUGCUGGCUUCGCCAUCUUUUCUAUACUGGGGCACAUGGCAUUCAAAGCACAGAAGGAAGUAAAGGAUGUAGUGGAUUCAGGAUUUGCACUCGCAUUCAUCGCCUAUCCAGAAGCAUUGUCUCAAUUGCCUGUGGCCCCACUAUGGUCAAUUCUAUUCUUCUUCAUGCUGCUAACCCUGGGUCUUGACUCCCAGUUUGCCUCUGUAGAAACAAUUACCACCACCAUACAUGAUGCAUAUCCAAAAGUGAUGAAGAAAAUGCGAGGCGUUAUCACUGUGGGAGCCUGCAUUAUGUUCUUCCUGCUCGGACUUGUGUGUGUCACUCAGUCAGGAAUAUAUUGGGUGGAUCUAAUUGAUUAUUUUUGUGCUGGUUGGGGAAUACUUAUUGCUGCAAUUCUUGAGCUGGUUGGGAUCUGCUGGAUUUAUGGUGGAAACCGCUUCAUUGAAGAUAUCGAGAUGAUGAUCGGAAAGAAGGGCUGGCUGUUCUGGCUGUGGUGGAGACUGUGCUGGUUUUUUAUAACUCCCCUUCUGCUUACCGCUAUACUGAUUUGGUCUCUGGCCACCUUUGCUUCUCCAAAACACGGUGAUGUGGAGUAUCCAGCAUGGGGAGUCAUCUUGGGCUGGUGCAUGAUCAUAUUCUGCAUCAUUUGGAUUCCUAUAUUAGCUGUUAUAAAAAUAUGUAAAGGAGAAGGAAGCAUUUGGGAGCGUUUUCGGACUCUGUGCCGCCCAACCUCAGACUGGGGCCCUGCUCUAGAUCAACAUCGCACUGGAAGAUAUGAAAACUUCAGUAAUAUCCAAAAAGCUACAAAUGCUCUGGAAAUCCCCACGAUUGAAGGAGGCUUAUCAGGAUAUGACAACAAAGCAUUUUCUUAAUAAACAGAACAGAACACCACACCUGACAUCCAGUAUCAAGUGCAACUGGACCACUGUUGGAUUUUGUUAUUUAAAUAAUGACAAUACCAUAAACUGCCCAUUGAAAAAUAUAAAAUGCCAUUUUUAAAGGUUAAAAAUCACUGCGGAUGUUCCCGUGUUCAGCUGCAGCAUUGUAAAAUAUUGUACAUAUUCAUCAACAUAGAUUAAGCUUUUUAUUAUGUGAUUUAAAUGUUAGUAUAUCUUUUGGAAGUGAUUUGUAAAUUCUAAUCAGCAAAUUCAAUGAGCCGCUCAGUUUAUUGCAGGAGGAUAGCCUUGAGUUUUAACACUCAGAGCUAUUCAAUUAAAAGGACAUUUCCUCCUGCAGUAAAUCCACGGCAAAUGUGUGUUAAGCCCUAGGUUUCAGGUAAAGUGCCCAGGGCUAUGGGUUAACGUUCUCAUGGCGGCCUCCAUAAGUGCAACAAAUCCAGAAUUACCGUAGAGUUCUGUCUGUACCCUCUUACACCUUGGGAUUGUGCGAGCAGAAACCUGUUUUAAGUGCAGCCCAUGGGCUGCAAUGAAUAGCUCCAGGCACUGCAAUUAGCUAACGGUAAACCCCAUGCUAAUUGAAUAUGCCCCUAAAUGUAAGUUUAAUUACUUCUGUUAGCCCAACGGCAAUCUUAAACUGCCAAACUAAAACUUCCAUGAUUUUAAAGUGACCGGUACAGCUAUAGGCUUCCUAGAUGUCUAGUUAAUAAUACCCUGAGAGGUAGAGUGUGUAGUGCCACACAAAACGUUUAUCGUGUUGUAUAUAUUGUAUUAGAAAAUAAUGUACAGUAUGUUUACAUUUUAUUAUUAGAGAAGUGCCUUUUAUGUGAAUAAAUACCUCAAUAAGUUAAAAAUUAGCUGACAGAAGUGAAAGCUGCAAUAUGAACUUUUUGUUCAAUAGGAUUGAAAUAUCGAUGAUUUAUUUUGGUGACUGUGACUUUUUAAAUGUAAAAUGUAAGAAGUCAUGUGACUUAAUAACACUCUUAUAAAUAAAUAUAAGUAUAAUGUAUAUAAAUAUAAGAAAACAUUUACUCAAUGUACAAUAUAUAGGUUAGUGUACCGUUUUGUACCGCGAUGUGUGGGUCCAAACAUUGAACAGAGCUGAAUCUUCCCCUCAGUUUGUAAAUAUGUUAAUGGACAUAAAGCAAGAGGUACAGCAAUGUCUUUGGGGUUUGGAAAAUCUCCAUAGUAAGCAAUUGAAGAUGCAGAACAGCAUCUGAUUUCAAAGUGUUAAAGAAUUGACUGUAAAGUAUAGGGAUAAAAUAAUCUGCUACCCCUAACACUUUCCUGUUUACAGAUUAUAGAAUGGGUUCAGUAUUUAUGUCUCCAUCAGAAUGUCGGCAUGAGAAUGUGGACAUGGCAGUUAUGCUGAGAUUGAACAUGUCGUCAUCUUCUUAAUUUUGACAUUGACUACGUCAACAUUUAACAUGUCAACACUGAUAUAAUGUUGACACUUUUUAAUUUCAGUCUAUGGUAAUCCUUACGCUAAUCCUAAUGGUAACCCUCACCCAAAGCCUAAUACAAUAGUAGACAUUGGACCUGAUUCAGAUGUGGUUGGAGUAGCAGUGUAUGAUGUUGGGUACUUUACACAUGAACCAGACUCGUACUGCACAUGUUGAACAAUGACUAUGAAGCAAGACCAAUUGCCAACUGCAACAUUGCAAUUGCAAAUUUUGUUUCAAAUCUGAGGGACUUUUUUUCCUUGUUGUUUGCAACUCUAAAACUUACUGUAGUUGGUCUUCUGGCACCAUGUUGUCCUCUACUAGUAUUGAAGUGAAAUUUGAAAUUUACUUUUCAAUAAGUGUCAUUGAUAAGUUAGAUUGAUAAAACAUCAGUAUUAAGAUGUUGGAUAACUUGAAGAAACAGAUUCUGAAGGCAUUUUAAGAGGAUUUUGUCCCUAGGUGAAAGGUGAGAUUUCUGAUACUCUCAAUUAUAUAAUAUCAAAAACAUCAUUAGCACAGAACAUGUGCAUCCAAAUCAUCUCAUAUUGUAGAAACUGUUCAUCUGCUGCGUGCCCCACAUGAUAUCAGCAUCUCAGUGUGAACAUUUCUGAUUUAGAAUUUAGUUUUUAGAAGAAUUGCUAUAAACAUUCUGCCUAUUCUUGUAUUUUACCAAGAAAAUUUGCUAAUUAUGAUCUCGGAUAUUUUCAUGUUUGUUAUAGAUAAAAUGCACUGUCUAGCUAGGCACAUACUUC